AUGGGUGCAGCGCAGGCUACGCGGACGCUGCUGGUGCUGCACGGCCUGGGAUCGUCGCGACUCGCCAACAUGCCAGGUGGGAUCGAGUCUCUAAAUCUGACAGCUGACAUGGCACCGUGCGUUCAGAUUCCCAAACCCCAGAUGCUAAGGGUGCCUGACAAGCUCCUCUGCUCCUUCGGGGUGCGGCUGGUGGCGAUCGAUCGUCCAGGCUACGGCCAGUCCGACCCUGCACCGGCCCUCUCACUGCACUCCUUCUGUGCGGACCUCGAGGAGUUGGCAGAUCUGCUGGGCCUGGGGGCCAAGUUCUACCUGUUGGGGUACUCAGCAGGAGGCGCGUAUUGCUGGGCGGCAGCGCACUACAUCCCCCACCGCAUCCUGGGGAUUGCCAUGUGGGCGCCCUUCAGCUCGUUCUACUGGCAGGGAAUAUCGGAGCAGGACAGGGAGGCCAUGUUCGCCGGCAUGACGCCUCACUCCCGCCGCUCCCUCCGUCUCGGUCGCUACGCCCCGCUCUGGCUCAUCCGCCUUUUCAUCCGCAACUUCGUUGUUCCUUUUUCCGGUCCUUUAUGGCUGCAGCGCCUGCAGCACAGCCUCUCACACGCCGAUCGCCAGUACCUGCUGCACCCACAGGGGGCACAGGCGCUGCUGAACGACAAUACCGAGUCGCUCCUUAUGGGAGCGCACGGCGAGGGCAUGGCCAAAGACGUUGAGGUUUUCAGCCGCCCCUGGCCCUUCCACAUCCGCGAUAUUGGCUGCUUCAAGGACGUUUUGGUGCCUCUCUCGCUGCAGCAGUGGUUGCAGCAGCAGCUGCCGCAUGUGGUGAGGCUGUAUGAGCUGCCUGGGGAGGGCCACCUUUCCUGGUUCUGCCACCAGCCUCAGAACCACCACCAAGUGCUCGCCACUCUUUUCUCCCAGUAG